AUGUGGUAUGCACAGUAUUUUGUGCUCUUGUUACUGAUUUCGUUUGUGUCAGGUAAUCGUCGACAGUUCAUCCCAAGACAAUUAAUUCAUAAAUCGUUCUCGAAAGCAAAGGAUGAGCCAAGAAUAAAUAAGGUACAGAAUGUUCUUUUGAUCUUUUUCCUUAAAGUAAUAUGUUUGUCUACUUGGCACUUGUGGUUUAAUUCUAAUUUAUAAAUACUAAGAUCGAAAGUUUGGAACGGAGUUGGGAUAUCUUCUGUGUUCAGCAUUUUUACAACAAGAAGUCAGAUAUAGUAUAUAGCUAUAUUAAUGAUAUGCAUGUAACUACGAAUCCUGGGUCAUCAAGGUCUUAGAUGGAUAGAUUACUGAAUCAAACGCUAUAGCAUGCAGGGAAACUAGGCUAUAAAGUUACUUUUGUUGCCAACUUUCUCAUUUCAUCUGAGCCUGAGAACGUAGUGGUACAGCCAAAUCAUUAUUAACCCGGACUUGUUUUUAUUUCGAUCUUUGUUUGGGUUUCAUUAUCCUUUAAAUUAAAUUUUUGUUUGAUUUGAUUUGAUUUCAUUGUCUUGUAUAGGUGCAAGAACGUCCUCGGCGUCGACCCAGUGCUAUAGUACAAAGUCAUCGUCACCACAAUCUCGAUGAUCACAGCCAUAAUAAAGGAGAAGUGGAAGAAGAAGACUUUACUCACCACAACUACGAAGAGCUAACAUGGUUCUUAAAAAGUGUCGCCAAAGACUUUCCUCAUAUAACACGUCUUUAUACUAUAGGCCUCUCGGCACAAAACCGCCAACUUUGGGUGAUGGAGAUUUCCACAAAACCUGGCAAACAUCAGCCUGGAAUCCCCGAAGUAAAAUACCUUGCUAAUAUGCAUGGAAACGAGGUUGCUGGUAGAGAAAUCCUUCUACAUUUCAUUCGUUAUUUAUGUAAAAACUAUAAAGUUAACCCAAGGGUGACAAAAUUGAUUGACAAAACUCGAAUACAUAUAAUAGCAAGUAUGAAUCCAGAUGGUUACGAAUUGGCAGCGACAAGAAGAAAUCUGUCCAGGAUCUUAGGAAGGAAAAACUCAUUCGGUAUCGAUCUUAAUCGCAAUUUCCCGGAUCAGUUCUUCUUUGGCGUUACAGCUCCUCUUCAACCAGAAACAAGAGCUGUAGCUAAAUGGAUGCAUUCCAUUCCGUUUGUCCUCUCUGCUAAUUUUCAUGGAGGGUCAUUGGUUGCCAACUAUCCUUUUGAUGAUAGUCCAUCUGGUCAGAGUUCCUACAGCGCGACGCCCGAUGACGAUGUUUUCCGACAACUAGCCCGAGCAUACUCCGAGGUACAUCCGACUAUGCAUUUGGCCAACCCUCCUUGGACUUGCAAAGAACCACGAGAACGAUUUAUUGAUGGUAUAACAAAUGGUGCAGCAUGGUAUAGUGUAUCGGGAGGGAUGCAGGACUAUAAUUAUGUACAUACUAAUGCAUUUGAAGUCACACUAGAAAUUGGUUGUGAGAAAUUUCCAAACGCAAGUGAUUUGCCCAGUAUAUGGAAAGAUAACAAGGACGCUCUCAUUAGCUAUCUGGAACAGGUAUUAACACAUUUCUGUGGAUGUUUGUAAUUAAUGUUUUAUUUCUUAUUGUAAGCUGCAAGUAAAAACUCGAUCGAACAUUUUUUCAUCCCCCUUUAGAGCCCUUGGCCCCAUUCAUCACAAGAGAAUCAUUCCCCGUAAAGUGUUAAAAGUAAUUGAAAUAUUAUCUUUUUAAUUAACCGUCACAAACGGGUUAAAUCUUUAUCCACUGCUAUCCAAAUGUGAUAGGAAAGAAAGAGAAAAGGGUUAAAACAAGCAACUGUGUCAUCAACUACUAAAUUUGCCGAAUGUGUAAUACUCCAAACUUUAAUGUAUCAGUACCUGUACGUAAAAUUGUACAAUACAGUGACAUUAUACUUUUGUUAGUUCUGAAUCACCUUCAAAGACUUCGUACACUAUAUUGGUUAAAUGCAUGGUAUUCUAUUCCAUGAGGAUCCUGACGGGGAAUCCAGAUUUCAUUUCCCAGCCCACUUUUUUUCUAAAUCCUAUUUCCCUGCAACCAAAUCCCAGUUUUAACUGUAAACUCAAACACAAAGAAUAGUCCCGAGCAGACGUGUCACCUAUAUAUAGUACUGACUUUAAAACACAAUAUAUUCUGCUUUCAAUAGCUCUGUUUAGAAAUAACUUGACGAAGUAAAAGGUUUAAAGUUAUAAAUACGUACAUAUACCAAUCAUUUUCUAUCACAGAAGUUACUAAGUAAAUUAAUUAAUAUUACUGACUCGCAAUACCAGAAAAAUCAAAAAUGACGUCAGUCUCAGAACAAAAUGCAGUCUUCCAGGACAGUUUUAGACAUGUUGUUCUGUAGUUUAAACUCUGAAAAGUCCAAUCCUGCUACUGUAGCUUAUACUUUAAUAAAGUACUCAAUAAAUAGAAAUAUAUGACUAAAUAAAUGAACCUACUAUGUCAAAAGACAAAAUAUAAGUUCGUCUACCAAUGUUUUAUUUUCUACAUAGGCACACAGAGGUAUACAUGGCUUUGUCACAGACGAAGAUGAUAAAGGCAUCAGUGGUGCAAGAAUUUCGAUAUCAAACAGACGUCAUGAUAUCUUCUCAGCCAAAGAUGGCGACUAUUGGCGUCUGCUCGUCCCAGGCGCUUAUGACGUCACCGCGACUGCUGUUGGUCAUGAGCCUGAAACCAAGUCCAUUAUUGUCAAUUCUGACGAUGCGACUGAAGUCGAUUUUAAACUCAAACGAUUGACUGUUCUUAAAUCACUACAUCACCAAGAUUCAGAGGAAGAAGCUUUCAAUUUAUACCAAAUGCAAAGACAAGCAAACGACCAGCUUACUAUGACCUCCCCUGCACUGGGAUUUGCAGGACCGCCAUUAAACAGCAGACAUCAAUAUGAACUGGAAAGACCUGGAAUUAACAUUGAUCAGUCGUUAUUGCUUGAUGCUGGCAGACCUAAAAGAUCUUUUCUAAAUCCUUUCGUUUCACAACUGCAGUUUAGCCCCGCACUGACCUCAAAUAACUUUGGAGUUAGUCCAUCAAACAAACCAGAUAGACCAAGAUAA